AUACAGCCCUUGGUGAGCGUAUUUCCCGCUCCUCGGCUGUUUCUGAAGCGCCUCCCGCCAGAUGUAAUGGGUAUAUACCGUCACACAUCUUGAAAUUGUACGCACAAAACGUUAAGGUAUGUGUAGCAUCGCAGGAUAGAUAAUCGGUCUGUUAUCACGUCUACUGCCGCUCGCCAUCCGUGUGAGCCGUGUCGAGAGAGCAACCAUGUUCCUACUCUUGGUGAUUAUGUUAGGGACUUCUGAAAGUCAUGGCUAUGCAGACAUUUGCCAUCAGUAUGAGUCAUGUGAUGAGUGUAUAGCAAAUGGAAUUGGCUGUGUCUGGUGUCCUGACCCUCCUCCAUUCUCAGGUCCAGAUGUACCAGUACCAGACAGCCGACUGUCUCUCAGAACCUGAAGACCCAGUGGCCACCCCUCCACAGAUACUCAGAGAGGAUCAACUUGGAGAAACAGUUCAGAUAUCCCCACAAGCUAUUCGUCUUAAUCUCAGAACAGGAGAGCCUCAGACAUUCACUCUGUCAGUGAAGCCAGCCAGGAACUAUCCUCUGGACAUGUACUUCCUCAUGGACCUCUCUGGAUCUCAAGCCUCUGACCUGGACAGUCUCAAGGACCUCUCUAACUCCAUCACUGACGAACUGCAGCGUCUCUCAUCACAGUUUACUCUCGGAUUUGGGUCGUUUGUUGACAAGAUUGCCUACCCCUUUGCCUCCACACUACAGAAUGGCUCUGACUACCUGACCAGACACCUGGGAAACAUGGUGACAGAGUGUGCUAAUGGGAGAGCCUCAUGUGAGCCAACCUAUGUCUACAGACACCAUCUCCCACUGACCAGUGACAGUGGUCAGCUCAGAGAAGUUCUGGAGGAUGUGACAAUAAGAGGUAAUCUGGAUGCUCCUGAGGCCACUCUGGAGGCUCUCCUGCAGUCAGUUGUCUGUCUGGACGAGGUUGGAUGGAGGAAUGGGAGUCUGAGGAUAGUCAUGGUCCUGACUGACGCUGGAUUCAAGACUGCUUUGGAUGGAAGGAUUGCUGCACUGGUGACCAGAAAUGAUGGUGAAUGUCAUCUGGAACCGGAGGAAGGGUUCUAUGACUACUCUCGUAGUCACGAGCAGGUCAGAAACGUUUGUGUGUAUGUUUGAGAUUGGGGAAAGAAGAGAGAGAGGUAAAGUGUAGGCAGGACCAAAGCUAACGAGAGAGGGUGGGCAGCUUUUGUCGGUGUCACCGCAUGCAGCCAGCCUGUGCUUAAACGUACAUGUAAACUUAUCCACAAGUCCAGCAACAAGCAGGUGCAGUGCUAGGCUCUUUGUUACUGGUCAUCAAGGG